AUGUAUACGAAUCGAACACUUCGGAGUUGUGCGCUGGCUUGCACCGCAUCGCCAUUGUUCCUCGAUUUCCUAGUUCCCUCCACAUUGCGCGUGAACCGUGUACGAUACAAUUCAACCACAACCAAGAAACCAAUCUAUCAAUUAAGCCAACGGCAGCGUGAAUUUCUCGAUAGCGCCCUUCGCGUCAACCAAGCAGGCGAACUUGCCGCAACCCUAAUCUAUGAUGCACAAAAACCACCCGUCGUGCGCUCACAUCCUCACCUCCGGCCGUUAAUGAAGCACAUGUACGACCAAGAGGCGGGACACUUCUCAACAUUCAAUAAAUACAUUGCGAAACACCAAGUUCGUCCGACGGCUAUGUAUCCUGUCUGGGAAGUUGCUGCGACAGUGCUCGGUUGGUCAACCGCGGUUAUGGGCCGUGAGGCUGCUAUGGCGUGCACGGAGGCUGUGGAGACGGAGAUUGGGUCACACUAUAAUGAGCAGGUGCGGGAGAUUCUGUCGUGGGCGGCCGAGGCUGAACGACGAGGGGAGGAACUGGAUGAUGAAUUGAAGGAGAUGGUGGCUACAUUCCGGAGGAUCCGUGAUGAGGAACUGGAACACUUGGACCAUGCAGUCGAGAAUGACUCGAAAGAGGCAAAGCCCUAUGAUCCAUUGGUCAACUUUAUUCGUGCGGGAUGCCGGGCUGCCAUAAAUGUCAGUGAGAGGGUAUGA